AUGGACCGUGGGAAAGAAUAUGUUGACCAGUUGGUGUGGCGGCUCAUGAAAGUCUCGGCACCGAAGGUCAUGGUCCUCCUUGUCCUCACGACCAUAUGGUCUAUGGAUAGCUUGCCAGAAGAGCUGAACCUUCAGGCGUUGGAGAGGCUACAGUGGUGCGAAUUCUUUGCUGGCCAAGCAGAGGCAACAAAGGCCUUCAAGGCCAACCGAUUCACAACAGCUGACCUCUUGUACAUGAACGCAGCCCCUGGAAAACAAAACCCUAUGGAUAUUUGUUCAGAUGCAGGCUUUGUGACUGCAAUCGCCACAGUACUUAUGGAGGAUGACAUCACUGGGCGGUUAUGCCACUUUGGCCUCAAGUGUGCAAAAUUUACAACCAUCAAUACCGGGACGAGUGGACGUUCAGCCUGCUCGGCCAUUGGCAACCUUCAUCACCGUAGUGUAUUGGAAGGAAAUCGGAUGGCAAGUCGGGUUGUACUAUUGAUCCUCCUCGUUGUAUGCUGCAACGGUACGUUCUUACUGGAACAGCCUGCGCAAAGCUUUCUUGAAUACUACCCGCGCUUUCGUGACUUGCUAGAAGCUUUGGCAUCGACUGGUGGUCGGCACUGUGUUCCUCGUCUUUUAUAUUAG